AUGUCGUUCGGAGUGAGCCCUUCCGAUGUUAUCAAGCUCGUCGAGUUCUCCACCCGCGUCUAUGUCGCAUUCAAAGAUGCGAACGAGAACUCGGAGGAGCAAGUCGAGGGCCUCGUCCGAGAGUUCGCCAAUUUCCAUCACUGCCUCGUACAGCUCAAAGACUUGAUGAAGGAAUAUGGCAAGCCGUUGCCAUUCCCCUACGUCGACUUCCAGGAUACUCUGGAGAAAUGCAGCAAAACGCUGGAACCUUACGCGAACCACUUGGUGGACAACAAGAAAAUGACAUAUAAGAAAUUCAUAUAUAUCAUCAAGUACAUUGGAAAAGAGAAAGAGAUCGAUGGACUCCGAAAGCAGAUCACAGGCCACUAUCAGGCUCUGCAGAUGUGCAUAAGCUUUCUUCAACUCCGACUCCACCUAGAAGCCACAAAACAAACACAGCGUCUGCUCGACUCUGCACCCUUUCGCUCCAUGAGCGUUGGCGGCUUCAUGUACUCCAGCAACGCUCUUGCAAGUAGUUCCCGAGCCACGCCCAAUGCCCUACCUCCUCCAUCCGAAGCCGACCAGCUCUACAAGGAUUGGCUCAUCUUCAACCGCUGGCUAAAGAACGAGGAUGAGAGGAUUGCACAGGAAGCCGGAUCACUCACGCGACCGUUAUCGCUCGGCAGCGCCCCGCCUGCGGCGCCCAGCGGAGAUGUCGAGACGGCGGCGGUCCUAUACCACCUCCGAAGAGAGCUGGAGGAUGCUAUCAUGAUCGAAGAAAACAGAGCCAAGAGGACAGCAGUGGAGAAGAAGAACAACCUUUCGCCUAGCGACGCCAUUCGACAGGAAAUUAGAGAUAUGCCAUCCAUCCCCCACCGAACGUAUACACUAGAUACCGACUUUUCUGGCUUCAGCAACCCCCCUACAGCAGAAUCCAUUAUGACCGAUUCGACAGCAACGAUACGGCCGAGCCCUACCGCCAGCCCGAUGACAUCGUCACCAACAGGCAGUCCGCAGAUCCAGCAGAGCUACUUUGGCGGUGCGGAUUGGGGAAAUCUCUCGCCAGCCCCACGACGCACGCCAUCUGUCUCUACUAGCCGCAGCAGCUUCUCCACAAGCGGCGAGUCGCGUCUAAGCGUGUCGGGCAAUAGCACCGUUGGCACCACUCCGGAAGACCACCCCCUCCGACCCACGGUCUCCGUCACCAGCCUUGCAACCAUAGCCCUCGGAGAAGGCGCUCUGGAUUGGCACCAGCUGUGCCGAAAAGUCGACGUCGAACGCACAUCGACCAAAGGCGUCGAAAACAGGACAUGUGACAUCCACUGGCGGUAUCGAGAAGACCACGGCCUGAGUCUCCGGUCCGUCUACCGGGAUGAGAGGAAAAAGGUGCAGGUCUGGAUCGUCCAGCAUUUUCCUGCAACGGGGCCGUCCAUACCUCUGACAACCAGCUAUCCGGAUGGCGGCAUAUCCAUCGACUUCCCGCGCAAGUCGUUUGGUCGUCUGGAGAAGCGAUACACAGACAUCAAGUAUACAUUCGCUGAUACAGAUUCGUCGACCAAAUUCCAAACCCUCCUCUACAGCAACAACGGCAUGGAUGAAGCGGAGCUUCUCUUUGACCGGCAGGUCCUCAGCAUCUCCUCGGACAAGAACAAACCGGAAUGCCGGAAUAAAAACGUGCGGUUAUGGAGGCGUAGCGAGCUGCACGAAGGACCGAACGGCAUGGCCGCCGUCGAUGUGCUGGUUCUCCUCUUCUACGCCAGUGCGCUGGCCGAGGAGCGUGCACAUUGGGUCGAGGAACCGCAUUACGUCUUCCAAUGGCUGGAUGAGUCGGUCUACAAGAAGUCGUCGGAUAAGCUCGAGCUCAUCUUCUCGAAAGAGCCCGGUAAAUGGACAAAGGACAAGGUCUUCAAGCGCCGGAAACCCUCCAAACAGACGGUUGACCCCGAGACUUCGUCGGUACUCACUUCGAUUCGGAGAAAUAGUACAGCAGGGACGGUGAAAUCGUCCAUGUCGGUAAAAAGCGGGAAGUCGUGCGUUUUUGGCGGGCCGAAUAAGAUCGGCAAUCUGAACCGAUUUGGGUACUCGCAUCUGGAGAUCAAGUUUCAAAACAAGCAGGAUAGGAAGGACUUUGUGGGCAUUUGGAAGGAGUACUUCAAGGACCUGGGUAACAUUGAAUGA